UUUAUACGCAUCUCAUAUGCUAAAAACCCUCCCCAUUCACCACCACAUAACCCUUAUUCUCUAACAUUUUCUCUCCCACACACUAACUUGAAGGAGAGAAAGAGAGAAUUGGAAGAACCAAACAUGGUUGCUUUGGAACAAGUAGAACAUCAUCAUCAUCAUGAAAAAACACAUGUUCAUGUUGUCGAUGAUGAUUUUGAUCCAAGUGCACCUCCACCCUUCAAGAUUGCAGAGAUAAGAAGAGCAAUUCCAAAGCAUUGUUGGAAGAAGGACACGUGGCGGUCAUUAAGAUAUGUCCUUAGAGAUGUUCUUAUAGUCACUGCAUUUAUGGCUCUUGCAAUUGGGUUCAGUAGCUGGUUCUUCUGGCCAUUUUAUUGGCUUGCUCAGGGUACAAUGUUCUGGGCUCUUUUUGUUCUUGGACAUGAUUGUGGCCAUGGAAGCUUUUCAGAGUCUCCUAAGCUGAAUAGCAUUGUGGGCCAUAUCUUACACUCAUUCAUCCUUGUACCAUACCAUGGAUGGAGAAUUAGCCAUAGAACUCACCAUCAAAACCAUGGACAUGUUGAGCAUGAUGAAUCAUGGGUUCCUCUGACAGAGAAGAUUUACAAGAAUCUAGAUAACACAACAAGAAUCCUAAGAUUCACAUUGCCUUUUCCAAUCUUUGCAUACCCCUUUUAUUUGUGGAAAAGAAGCCCUGGAAAAGAAGGGUCUCACUUUAAUCCCUACAGCAAAUUGUUCUCCCCUGAUGAGAGAAAAGAUGUAUUAACAUCAACUCUUUGUUGGAUUGCCAUGUUCUCUUUGCUUAUUUAUUUGUCCUUCGCAAUGGGUCCAAUUUUGAUUCUCAAGCUCUAUGGAGUCCCUUAUUCGAUCUUCGUAAUGUGGUUGGACUUCGUCACAUAUUUGCAUCAUCAUGGUUACAAGCAGAAAUUACCAUGGUACCGCGGCAAGGAAUGGGAUUACCUAAGGGGUGGUCUUACAACUGUGGAUCGAGACUAUGGUUGGGUUAAUAAAAUUCACCAUGACAUUGGCACCCAUGUCAUCCAUCAUCUUUUCCCUCAAAUUCCCCAUUACCAUUUAGUUGAAGCGACAGAAUCAGCAAAGGGAGUUCUUGGAGAGUAUUAUAGGGAGCCAGAGAAAUCAGGUCCAAUCCCAUGGCAUCUAAUAAAGUAUUUGCUACACAGUGUAAAGCAUGACCACUUCGUCAGUGACUUUGGGGACAUUGUGUUCUACCAAACAGACCCUCAACUCUACCAUAACCAACAUUCUUCGGACAAGUCUAAAUGAUCAUGUUUCAUUGUUUCUUCUCUCUUUUUCUUUUUCUUUUUCUAAUUGACGCAUUCCACUAUAAACAAAUCUAUUUGUAACUUUAAGACUAUUAUUAUCUCAUAAAUGCUCCUUAUUAGCUUGU